AUUAAGAUUUCUCCAAGAUAAUGUUUUGAGACUACUUUUUCGCUUAAUGUGUCGAAAUGUUCACACUGAAUUAAAAGCAGAGCUUCUUUAUGCAAUUUCAUCUUUUUGCGUAUCAGAUUACGCUGAUCAUAAUUAUAUCACAAGACAAGUUUGGGAUCUCUUGGAAGAUGCGCAAAUUGUGCCUACUGUACCAAAAGAUAUUGUAUUCGACCCGGCUAGCGUUUGGGAAGUCGCGAAUAUGCAAGCACAAGAUCCACCGAGCAUAAAAAAGGAGAUUGAGGAAACAGAAUCUCGCGAGAAAUUAUUUUUCGUAACUUUAGCCUUUGUGCGGUUCAUUGGUGUAUUGAUCCACGUUCCUCAUUUUAAUGCUGCAUUACGUUGUGGAUUCCCUGUUCGUUCUAUGUCUAUUAAUGAUCUUCUUGGUGCAGGUUAUCGGCAACCUGGUAUUUCUCCAUACAUCAAUUUUAUUUUAGAUGAUAUUUUUAUUAAAGCACUUGCACGUGAUUAUAAAUUUCCUACACAACAAUGGAAUAUAAUAGCUGCCUCUUUAGAGGUUAUUGAAAAAUGUUUGAUUUCUUUUGACUUGACUGGACCAUUAUUUUAUGAAGUUCAAUCCAAACAUUCACCAGAAUCAUUACCAUUCAUUCAGAGAGGUAUUAGCAAAGAUGAAAUCGUUACUUUAAAUAACAAUGCGAUUAAAUAUUUAAAGAAUCACCCGGGAUUUGACAUAAUGAAAAGAUUACUAAAUAAUUCUCCUCUUGUGGAAGUGAUGUUUAAUAUCCUUAAUCAGGAUAUAGAAGUACUUGAUGAAGUCGAUGAAGUUAACAGGAAAUCAUCCGUACCAUUCAUUAAGGAGUCUAUUUUACGAUGUUUGAGAAUAUUUUGGAUAGCAUUUGAAAAACAAGAACGAUUUUUAAAUAAGUUAAUUCCAUUAGUAAGUCAAACUUCUCCAGGAUAUCUAGAAAAUCUAGAAAAUGCAUUCCGUUCCAAACAAGACAUUAUUGUACAAAUUGCAUUAUUAUUAAAUUGCGAAAACGCCGAGAUAUGUUUAUAUGCUGUCAAAAUUUUGUCUGCCCUUGCUAAGUCUGCAUUAUUUAAUCCAAUAGGUGUAGAAAAUAGAUUGGCAGCUAUCUUAGAUUCUGAUCAGAAUUCAGAGGCAAUUCUUGAUGUUUUUGUUAUGAGAUUAGAUAUAAAUGGUGGUGAUGAUGUUUGGGAUAAAAAAUACAAGCUUGAAGAUUUUGAGUUAACACAACUCGGACUUCAGGCUUGGGCCAUACCUGGAGAUGAAGAAUUUAGUGCAUUGCCAUUAAUCGAUGAAUCAGAAAUAACAUUUGGUACAGUGAGAUGUGCCAUUUUAAAUUUAAUAUUGGAAAACUUAAAACCUGAUAAAACACCACCUACAAUCUCACAUUUUCUAUUGGGUUACAAUCUUCGUGGAUCAUUACAAUCACCAAUAAUCAAGUAUAUAAAUCAAGAUUGCCUUAGAGAAUCUUGUUUACAUAAAAUAUUGGAAAUCCUUGGCCAACCGAUUCAUGAUGAUACUGAACCUGAUAAGCAGUGUUCUGUAUUAUCAGAAUUUCCCGCGUUGGCAGCUUGCUGUUAUCAGAUUAUUUACAGACUUUGUAGGGAUAACAAUACUUCUGAACCAACAAUGUUGUUUCUACGUAGUCAAGGGUUUGUGCAAAAGCAAUUUGGGGCGAUGCCUCUAUAUAUUAUCCAACCAAGUCAAUCCAUUUCUUGGGAUUCUGGUGCAAUCACAAAUUAUAACGGUCAAUCAAUUCCUAUUGAUUUAAUUAAUCUUUGUGCAAACCUUAGUGAAAGGACAUGGUUGAUGAAAAUAUUGGCUUUGGAAUUACGUAAAUGCCAAACACUUUCUGGUAUUGAACAAUUAUUAGCUUUGAUACUUGGGGCCAGUAUAAUAAAACCGCAAGGUGAAGGUACAACAGAUGAGGAAAUUUUGGCACCUUCUGCGAUCAAAACUCGUGAAAUUUUGCAUAUGCUGGAAUUGGAUUGGAACGAUCCAUGGAAAAUAGAUGCACCAGAGAAUUUCUUUAAUCUAGUCAACCAUAAAGCUUGCUUAAUGCUUAAUGAACGAGGGAAUAAAAGAUAUAGACUACAAGAUAUUUUCUCUGAAUUAAAUCAGGCAUUUGAUCAAUCACGCAUUGCACAGGAUGGCAGCUUACGUAAAAAGCUGAUGCAUAUAUUAAGAUAUUGUUACUAUCUAAAUCGUAACGAAGAAUUUAACCUUUCUAGGUAUGAAGGGUUUAAGGCCUGGAGAGAAGUAAUUGAAGUAACUAUUGUAGACCAUUAUACUCGCUUACGACUUCAUGUACGUGAGACUACUUUUCUCGAGAUCAUUUCCACAUUAUUAACUACAUUGCAACGCGAGGGAAAUGCAAUUGCAAUUGUUCUCAGUAAAGUAAUUCUUGCAGCAAUCACAGCAAUACGGUCAGAUCAUAUGCGCCUACACACUCUACGAUCUCAAUUUAGGGUAGCAUCACGGAAUCUCUCACCUAUAUUUAGUCAAAUUCUCGAAUGUCUUUUCGUGCCAGGAAUCCCACCUGAAGUACGCAAUAAUUUGUAUGCCACAAUAUAUAAUUAUUUGAAUUAUAUCGAUGUUCAAUCAGCUAUUGGUGCUGGAAAACUCCUUAAAGGUGUUGGAGAUAGAUUACUCGAUAUUAUUUUUGAAGACGCGUCAAAUGGACAUGUAGUUGGAAAGCUGUGUGCUUUAAAUGCAUUGACUGCUAUUUACAGAUUAUUCAAACAAGAAAAAGGAAAUUUCAUUAUUAAAUCUAUACAAUCUAAUUUUCUUGGAAGCCUCAUUUCGAGUUUAACAAGUCAAAACGAUUUACUAUUGCAAGCAAAAGAACAACAACCAGACUUAAAUGCAAUGCAUGCAAUAUACGUAUUUGAAGCCAGAAUGGGAUUUUUACUGUGUCUUGCUCAACGUCACGACCUUUCCUUAGAAUUACUGAAGAAAGGUGUUAUUGAAUAUUUGGGUGAAUUGACUUUCUUAAAUGAACGACCAAGUUUUAAUAGUCAUAAUACAGAUUCCUAUGGAAAACCAGCAUAUAAACUAUAUCAUGAUCUUUUAAUGAUGGUGAUUCGUCUUAUCACUUGCAUUCUUGCAACUGUUGGGUGUGAUGAAAAAGCCUUGAAUAAGGUUUCCAAUUUUAUCAGCGGGCAUCAAGGAUUGAUAGCUGAAAUUUUUACUGAUAUUCCACCUUUUGAUUAUUUAAACUUUCAAAACUCGGAGAGGCGUGCAAUAUUUGUUAUGGCCGUUGAAGUAUUACAAGAAAUAACGCGUUUAUUCUAUAUUUUGGGUGACAAAAUAAAAGAUAUCGAUAAAGUCCGCAGAGAAUCCCAUCAAAGUACUUAUCAAGAAUUUCUGAAAGAAUUGAUUUCAAGAUUCUUUCCUGUCAGGAAACGGAUCUCCAAUAUGAUUGAUGAUGAAAACUUGAGAAUUCAGU